AUGCAGGAGCAGAUUUUGAAGGAUGGCUUCCCAAGCCACAACUCUGGAAAAUCAAUAAAUUUUAGAGAUACAGAAGAGGGUAAGAAGUGCUUAAAAGAAGCUUUUAAAAAAGAUAAGAACCCCGUCUUUCUCUACAUUGACAAUGCUCUGCGGGAAGAAGAGCUCAGUGAGCUUUUGCCCGAAGGCUUGGAGGACCUUGGCAAGCAUAUCAGACUUCUAUUAACAACAAGAAACUUGAGUGCCACAAAUGUGUUUAAAAAAAAGUUUCGCCAAGAAUAUCUUGUCGAACCCCUCCAGAAUACAGAUGCCAAGAAAGUUUUGUGCAAAGAUGCUAAGAAUCUUGAUCGUAUCAAAGAUGAUGUUGACGAGAUCUUGAAUAUUUGCGACGGGGUUCCUCUUGUUCUAAAGAUUGUUGGUGCUCAUUUGGAAAAUCAGGGAUUCAAGAAGGACAACUGUAAUCAGAUACUAAGUGCUUUGAAGAAAGGGGAAGUAAUUAAAGAAAAAGACCUCAGCCGAUGUAUGGUGGAUUUUGUAUUCAAGACGCUUGAAGAAAGCACCCAAGAAGCGUUUUUGGACAUAUGCUGUUUCUUUCAUCUUUUUCCGCGUACAAGUGUGGAGUAUGCUGUUGGAUCGAUGGAGGUCAAAGCACUUGAAGGCGCAGCAUUGAUCAAAUUUAAGGUGAUUCCAGAAUACUAUGCCCCAAUGCAGAAGCAUGAGGAGCUCGUGCUUGUUCAUGAUGUGAUCAAAGAAAAGGGGCGAAACAUGGCACGAUUAAACAGAAUUAGAGGCAUUAAAUCUUUUGAAGCAGCUGUAGCAGAAAAGAGGCUCGAGUCCAUCAAAGGAAUUGAUCUCUUUCUCAACAAAGAUCAUUCUUCUUACGUUCUCGAAAAAGAGCACUUAAAUUCAAUGAGCAAAUCGUUACGAUUUUUAAAGUUGGGACCCAAGAUCAAGGUCAGCGCUCCAAGUGAGACGACAUUUCCGGAAUUGAGAUAUCUUUAUUUAAGUGACAUUUUUUCUUGUGUACCUUUCCAUUCGGAGGCCCUCGAGACAUUGGCUGUGUAUGUAGGUCAUCUCCCGAACGAUAAUUGCAUUUGCAAGAAGUUUACACAGGAUCAAUAUAUUCAAGCCCGACCCGAAAUGCAUUCGGGAGCAAUCAAAGCCGAUCAAAAUGCCUCCGCAUUCUUGUCUAGAAGAAUUGUUUGUAAACUCAUUAUCGAUGAAGACGCUCCCAGUGGAACUCCAGAGUUUCAAAGCAUUGGAACAACUGGCAUGAAAUGGAGGAGUUGGCAAAGAGUGGUAGAACUGAAGGCUCUGCAGUAUUUGAAUCUGAAGGGAUGUACUUCUUUGAAGAAAUUGCCUUCGACUUUUGGAGAACUGAGGGCCCUACAAGGUUUAAAUCUGGAGGGAUGUUCUUCCUUGGAAGAAAUAGCUGGAUUUAAACGACUUAUCGGACUAAAAUAUUUGAAUGCCCGAAACUGUCCGAAAUUAAGUCUGUCUUCAGCAACCAGCCCAGCGAGUGACUUGCGAAUUAAAAAUAAGGAGGAAAUGAAGAUUGAAGAGAAGCAGCAAACGAUGGUAGAUUAA